GCAACAUGGCUGCGUCCUAUAAAUUUUUCGAGGAAGAUGCUGUUUACAGAACGAACCGAAAAGGAGAACGCGAAUUUGGUUUAGUUUUAGAAAAUUCAGAAUACGUCAGUAGCGACGAAGAGGAGAAUGAUUAUGAAGAUAAUUUUGUCGUGAAAAAGGGGUUUAUUCGAGUGUCGUGGUACCCGAAAGGCAAUGAAGAAGUUGUGCCAGAAAAUAAGGUAAAACUUGCUGACAGAUCAGUGAUGCCGGGUGAUAUUGUCAGGAGAAUUUCUGGCAAAGACAUUCAGCGAGGCUAUUGUCGAGUUGUCACGGUUACAGCAGAUAUUCACAUCCUCGGAACGAAACUUGGCAUUAAACAUGUCAGCUCCCAGGACCUUAUACCUCUAGAGGAGUUGUGUGAAUAUACUGUGAUCGUGCUAGGGCCAUGGGUAGGAGUUAUCAGACAAAGCAAUAUCGAUGUCACUCUACGAUGCAGGGGUGGAUCUAGGUGUGUUCUAACCGGCGAACAGGCAUACGACCUUGACGAUCUCCGGGAUAAACGUAACCGAGACAGCGAGUUCACGGCGGGAGAGUUUUACGUUGGUCAGCAGCUUUGGGGAACAAUGUUUUGCUUUGAGCACGCCAGGUGGCUCUCUAUCACCAAGGGCAUGGCAGCUGCUCGAAAAAACGACAACAAGAAAGUCUAUGCAGUUGUGGAAGAGGUUCAACUUGUGUCACUAGAUGUACACUGGCAAUGCCGUAGCUUUUCAAAGGACGAUCGUGAAUUAAAAGACAUCAUGAUCAGUCCACCCAGCCAUAUCAUAGAGGGAGAUGACCUUAAAAGAGUGAAGGUAUUGAAUGCGUUCGAGGCAGCUCGCUUGCAGCUUGGAGACAGAAACUAUGUUGUUAUUAAGGACAAGGACACUAUAGUACCCUUGAAAUCGCUCCUCACACAUAAACCCAAGGCACCUGUAGCCGAAAGUAGUUCUCAAGCGACAGAAACUGAAAUGCCCAACGGUGUUCCUAGCAGCGAAGCCGGCACAAAUCUGGGAGCGAUCCGGGACUCGGACAGAAACGCCGUCAUGGCCGACGGUGACGCGGCCGAAAGCGGCUCCGAUUCCGAUUACGAGGACGAUGAGGAUUCCGACGCGGCGUCUGUGAAUUCCGCAACGUCGCAGAACUCGAACAAAAAGAAGAGCAAGAAGCACACGGUGCGCGCGCUGCUCACGAAGUCGCUGAAGAACAAAAAGCUGCGGCGGGCGAAGGGCCGGGAACAGGAGGAGGAAGUGGAGGAAGUCAGCGUAACGCCCGGCGUGCGGGUGUGCGUCGAGUCGCUGCGUUCGUACUCAACAGCUGAGCUCGUCUGGCAGGAUGGGUCCGUUGAGAAGGACAUUCCAUCGGCAAUGCUCUAUCCUAUAUUGCACUUGGACGAUCACGAAUUUUUCCCCGGAGACUUUGUCGUCGACGCCAAAGAGACGAACACCAGAAUGUACGGAGUCGUCCAGUCGGUUGAUCACCAGGGCCGCACCGCCAUCGUCCAGUGGAUGAGAACGUACAUUCCUUCGGUCAGCCAGGAGCCGGAGUGCGUAUCACAGACCACGGUCAGCGUCUAUGACCUUAAAGAUCAUCCGGACUUUCGAUUUCGACACGGAUCUUUUGUCAUAAGGAUCGCAAAUAUACCCGAGAACAGUGGAUGUGAUGCAGGCCAGGUACUGGAUAACCAGCCAUCUGGACAGGUCUUAAUUCGAUGGGCUGAUGGCAACGUGUCAACUUGCUGGCCCCAAGAUAUCUACAAAUUUGGUCCAGAUGAUGAUAGCGAUGGAGGCUGGGGAGAUGGAGACAGUGAGGAUGGGAGUUCCGACGACAGCUGGGAGACCGAGUCCGAGAAGUCGUUCACAGGCCAGGAGAAUGACGACCCGGCCGUGGUCGCAGGCGUCGUCACGCAGCUAGCAGCGAACAUCGAGACGGCACGCGCCGCCAUGUCGCGCCUCGAGGAGAUCUUUAUUCAGAAUCCGACUCUGCAGAGCAACAGCAUCAUCCGUCAGAUCCUUGACGUCUAUCGGGAGUGCCGACACAUGGACAGGUUGAUGAGUACGGCGUUCUUCCACGAGAGCCACUUCGAUGGCCUCAUCGCAGAGCUAAAGGUGAAGGCGCGGCAGCACGCAGCAUCCCGUGUUGCACAGGACGUGUUGCACAUGCUCAACAACCACGGCACCGUGACCGGCGCGCGCACCGCCGACCCCGACACCGGUUCGGCGGAAGCGCCCGCGGGAACGCCGGCGUCAGCUCGCGUCGCGACGACGGACAGUGAGCCGCGUGACGAUUCAGCCGCCGGGGUUGAAGGUCGCGCGAGGACAGCCGAGCAGAAUGCCGGCAUUGUCGAGAACGACAGUCAACCAGUGUCCCAGGUAGUGUCCGGCGGAGGGUGGGAGGAGGGAAGGCAACGGGUGAGUAACGGCUCCGUGUGCGCGCGCCUCUUCGCGCUUCUUCGACAGCAGCUGUUGAAGGCCCACGAGGAGGUCACCAAGCGGUUCGGCGUGAUUGGGGAUGCUCUGCUGAAGGAGGAGGAUGAAGAGGGUGUAGCGGAGAAGACAAAGGAUGGAGGCGUGGAAAAGGAUGCUCCCGCAGAGACCCAAGAGAGUGAAGCUGAAGUAUCGUCUAGUCAAGUAUCAAGCAGUCGAUGCGAGGAGUUCACAAUGCUUGAGAUGGUACCAGAUACCCAUAAGUUUAAACUCAGUGUCUUUCAACCUGUGGACAGCAGGAAUUUUUUCUCAGCUGUCAGGAGAGAGCUGAAACUCUUGCAGCAUCUUCCAGAAGGCAUUCUGGUCCGGGGUUUUGAGAACAGAAUGGACCUGUUUUCUGCAAUGAUUAAAGGCCCUAUCAGAACACCCUAUGAGGAUGGACUGUUCCAUUUCGACAUUCAGCUUUCGAAUGAUUACCGAACUCCUCCCGUAUUUCACUAUAUCUCCUACUGCUCAGACAGACUCAACCCAAACCUGUACGAGGAUGGCAAAGUUUGUGUGAGUCUUCUGGGGACCUGGUCGGGAAAGGGUACAGAAGUCUGGACAAGUAAAUCCAACCUGCUGCAAGUGCUAGUGUCCAUUCAAGGCCUUAUACUUGUUAAUGAACCCUACUACAACGAGGCCGGCUAUGAGAAGCAGAGAGGAACACAGCAGGGAGCGGAGAAUAGUCGCAUGUACAACGAAAUGGCCGUCCUCAAGCUGAUACAGUCCAUGACUCGGCUCCUGAACAACCCAUCUAUAGCAUUUAGAGACGAGAUCGUUGAGCAUUUCCGAGGAAGAGCGUUGAAGAUGAUUGAAAGAUUCGACAAAUGGUUGAAGAUUUCCCAAGCAUGGUCAUCUAGAAUAGCUGAUUUGACCUCCCCUGCAUCUCCUAGUUUGGAGAGCUCUUUCCUCAGUGAUCUUAUGCAAUCUCAAGCAGGAAAGCCUGGCGGACGCUGUGAUAGCACAUCGGAAUCGUGGUCGAUGCCUGAUUUUCCAUUGCUACCUGCAUCCCGCGGCUUCUGCAUUACUCUUGAGCGCCAUCUGCAGGAGUUCAAGGAAACCUGGGAGAGAGUAGGGUCUGCUGGUGCACAGAUACCUUCUGCUCGAUAGUUGUGCAUGGGCCACAUGUUUGCCCACUGUAACAGUACAUUUCUUCCCCUUAUUUAUAUAUGGAUUCUUUGCAUGCAAACCUGCGUAACAUCCUCAAAUUUAUUUACUGGUUCUGAUGCUGGAAAAUUCGUAGACGUAGCUACUUCACUUAAUAAGUUGAAAAAACCGUCAAUAGUCGAAAACCGAAACUCUUACCCCUUCCCCUUCCCCCCAUAACGCUGUGGCAUUUCACUCUCGAGAAACGGUUCCCUAUAGUUCUGCAUGUUGUAUCUUCACUUUCCAUAAGAAUUCUUCAUGUAAAUAAAUUGUAUGGGCAUGCGUUAUUUCUGUGAAGUCGGAAACAUGCUGUGCAAUGCACUGGUGUACAAACACCUAGCCCCCCCUCCCCCCAUUGCAGCACUAAAUGCCAGCAGACAGCUGGAGCCUGAAGAGAUGUGUUGAUAUUGACAGUGGAAGACUCGUUUCUCUCAUACAGGAACUGUAUGACGAAUAAUGCGUAGCUUUCACUCAUCUUCACAUUUCCAUGUCUUUGCUUUCCAUGCAGUGUUAAACCAGUAGGCACUUAAUAUUAUAUAUAAUUGUGUGGGCUAAACUAGCUACAAAUAAUAGUUUAUGCAUUAAUUACAAUUGUGCUUGGCAUAUUCAUCUGCUGUUAGUUCUAUGCUUACUUGUCUGCAUAGUUACAUAUGCUGCUGCAAUCAUAAACCACUCUGUGGAGUAAAAUACCUCUAAUUUGGGCAAAUAAUUUUCCAUCUGUCUCUGCAUAGUAGGUACAUGAAAGUAAAGAGUCCAUGCUUUUAUGAUCCUUAAACUAUUAUAUGCAAUAACAAGCAAAAAUAUCAUGUCAAUACUUGUAUAUGACUUCUUUGGUGGGGAAUAUAAAAGUUUUUCACCUGUAAAUGUUGUAAUUGAUAAUAUAGUAUAUACAGCUGCUCGCCAUAUUAAUUAAUUUUAACAGCGAUUAAUAGUGAUGAAAUGUUCAAAUGUAACUGCAGACAUCAGGCAAAAACAAUCGUUUUGCUCAGGAAUUUCAUCUAGUUUUAUACUGACUGUAACAAGUUAACAACAUAGUAAUAAUGUAGUGGCAUCCCGAAACACAAAGAUGCAUAGUGUGACGUAAUGCAUACAAGAGGUAAAUAAUAUUUGCAUUUUAAUUGUGCCAACAUGCUGAGCUUACGUUAAAACAUGCACACCAAUAUUAAAUAAACUCCACAAAUAUUCGUAUAAUAAACCGUCUUCAUAACAGUGAUUAGCAGCUACGUGCAGAUAUCUAGGAGUGUGAUGUGUUGACAGCUUUGGAUUUUGUUGUUGGGGGUAUUAUCUAUUCAGUUAAUUAACAUUUUAAAUCAAUGAAUGUUUGAAUAUUAGUAUGAUCCUGAUCCUAUGUCAUUAUACGUUAAGAGAUCUAGCUCAGCAGUGAUCACAUAGCCAGUCAUAAUCUCACAAACUGUAAAUUAUUUGAUAAUCGAUCAGUGAAAUGGGAGUGGUAUUCCCCAUGCGCAUAGCUGUGUGCUGGCUGCUUGAACAUGUUGCAGAUGCAUGGCUUCCGUUAAUCAUCAAUAAAUUAUGCUGUUUCGCAAAAUAA